ACGGAAAGUGGGUCUUCGAUAAAAGCCAAGGACCCGGGAAAGGCAGGCCAAGUCCUGAGCAACGAUCGUUUGACCGGGGUGUUUUUUGGGGCAUUUCAUUUGAUGACGACAGGUCGCCAUUGUUCCCCCUACCAAGUUCGCUCCCGAAUAGGCACAAUGAUGAAACCGAGCAAAACGGGACACUGCCCGACUGCGCAUGGGCGGGGCCGUAUACUUCGCUUUUGGGAUUGAUUGGCGGAAUGGAAGUUCAAGAUUGGGCACCUCCCGAUCGACAACACCAUGUCGACGGCGGUGCCUGUGCUGGGCUGGUGGUCUUGUUGAUAUAUAACUGACUUUGACGCCUGUGACAUGAUUGAUGCUUUACUACUAUUGCAUCCAUCCCACACAACAUCACUCAGACAAGCUUUACCAAGCCUUUUGCAGAACACACCUUGAACUAUUCCAACACCAACAAACAAACAAACAAACACACGCUUCCAACCCUCUGUUGCUCAACACAAUGAAGAGUUUCGUUUCCCGCCCGUCCGCGGAGUCGCAAUCCCCACCACGCUACACCCCCCAACAACAAGAUGUCGAACUAGCCCGACUAAACAGCGCCUCCCCCUCCGUGCUCAGCGCGCCCCCUCCCUACGGCGACGAGGAGAACCCUCCCCCCUCCUCCGGCACCUUCCACCCCACGGUGCACUUCCAAAUCCAAACCACCGGCAAGCAAUGGAUGUCCAUGCCCUUCGCCCCCAAACCCGAACCCAUCCCGGUCUUCGCCCUCGACCCCACCGACACAGUCUACACCACCGCCGCCGGGACCACAACCCCCCAAUUCACCUCCACCCGCCCCGAGCGCUCCUCCGGCAGCUGCUACCUCACCACCACCAACCCUGAAGGCACCACCGCCUCCACCACCACCUACCGCUUCGGCCCCGGCCGCCCGCCCCUCGUGCGCCUCUUCUCCCCGCACCACCACUCCGCCCCGCUGGACCCCACCACCCGCGCCCGCCUGCUCUUCUCCAAAGACGCUGCCACGGAUGACGACAACGCCGGCGCGUGGGACGCCUUCCCCGUCACCUCGGUCGGCCUGCUCACGCGCGCCGUGGCGUUCCGCUCGCGCCUGGGCAGCUUCCAGUGGCGGUACGCGUCGCGGCGGGAGCGGCACGCGGCGGCGAAGGGGUUGGAGGGCGGUGGGGUGGGGGAGGUGGAGGUGUCGAGUCUGUUGGUGCUGGAGCGGGUGGUCAAGGUAGCACAGGACGUUUCGUCCUCUUCGUCGAAGGGUAAAGGGGAGGAGGAGGUGCGGACGGUGGUGGCGCACUUUGCGCGCGGGGAGGGUCUGCGCACGCCCGGGAGCGGGGCGAGCAGCGCGGGGAAUGGGGGGAGGUUGGUGAUGGAUUUGGGGGUUUGGGAGGGGGUGGAUGGGAAGGGGGAGCGGGAGAUGGCGCUGUUGAUGGUGGUGACGACGUGCUUGGUUAUGUUGAAGAGGGAGGUCGAUCGGAGGAGGGCGCAGCAGAUUGCGAUUAUGGCGGGGGCUGCGGGUGGAGGAAGCUAAGGGGGAAGAAGGGGGAAGAAUGGGGAGGAAGGG